CACAAGUCGCGUUCCGACGAUGCCGCGUUUCGGUGCUGCUGCGCUGCUCGCUGCCGCCUUCGCCAGCCUGGCGACGACGUGCGGGGCGGUGGAAGACGAGCCGGUUUGCGACGUGUUAUUGAGACUAGAGUCAGGCCAGGUGUGUGGCAUGAUGCGUGAGGGCGCCAACGGCAGCCGGUACCGUAGCUUCCGUGGCGUGCCAUACGCCAAGCAGCCUUUCGGCGAACUCAGGUUUAAGGAACUUCAACCGCUAGAACCGUGGGAAGGUAUUCUCAAAGCAUUCGAUGAAGGUCCAAUAUGCCCUCAAUACGACGCCUUGUACAAAGACAUGAUGCAGCCACAAGGCAUGAGCGAAGCUUGUAUUCAUGCCAAUAUCCACAUACCUGACAUACCGGCCUGGGAUCUAAUACCUCCAGAAAGUGAAGAUUCCGACAGUAAUGAAAGCACUGGUCUUCCGAUCGUUGUGAUGAUACACGGAGGAGGAUUUUCUUAUGGAUCUGGAGACACUGAUGUGCAAGGACCAGAACUUUUAGUUAGCAAGGGAAUAAUUGUCAUCACCUUCAAUUACAGGUUAAACGUAUUGGGUUUCCUGUCGCUUGGUGUACCCAGCAUUCCUGGCAAUCAGGGUCUGCGGGACAUGGUGACGCUACUGCGCUGGGUGCAGCGCAACGCGCGCCGAUUCGGCGGACAUCCGCAGGACGUCACCCUCAUGGGCCAAAGUGCCGGCGGUGCUUCUGCGCAUCUCCUGUCUUUGUCAACUGCUACCGAAGGGCUGUUUAAGAGGGUGAUUAUCAUGAGUGCGACAGCGCUUCCAACAUUUUAUACGCUCACUCCGAAUUAUGCCAGUUACGUCGCCGGUCUGUUCUUGAACAAAACUCUCGAUAUGCCAACGUACGAUCCGGAGGAAAUCCACCGGCAGCUAGUGGACAUGCCCAUUGACAAAAUCAUGGACGCCAAUAAGCAGUUGAUGGCAGUACUGGGAAUCACAACCUUUUUCCCCGUGAUUGAAUCGCCCUUCCCAGGAGUCACCAGGAUCAUAGAUGAAGACACCGAAAUAUCGUUGCGUAACGGCCGAGGAAAAAACAUACCUCUCCUCAUAGGAUACACUAAUGUUGAAUGCGAAACGUUCCGUUCAGCAUUCGAAGACAUUAAAAUGUUGCAACGCAUCUCACAGAACAAUCUAACGCUAUUGCCUCUGAAUGUGGUAUUUUCUAACAUAUUUAAACCAGAGGUGUUGAGUCCACAUGUAGAAAAGAUUGCUAAGAUUUACUUCAAUGGGAAUAUUACAAUGGACAAAUAUAUACAUUUAUGCACGCAAGCUUUCUUCGAGUAUCCGGCUUUAAAAGUGGCGCAGUACAGAAGGGAAUCGGGAGGUGCACCGGCGUACAUGUACAGGUUCUCUUAUAAUCCUGACCACAGUGUCUUGAAGAAAGCCUGGAGACUCAACUAUUCAGGGGCAGCGCACCUCGAGGACCUUAGCUUCGUAUUCCAAAUCAAUUCAAUCGAAGUUGAUUCAAGCAUCAACGACGACAUUAUGAAAAAUAUAAUGACAAACUACAUUAUCAACUUCAUUCAUUGCGAUGACCCUAAGCCCGGUCAAGGAUGUUCAGCGGGCUCUUGGCCUCCAGUAAGUGAACAAAAGUACCUGGCUAUCGACUCGCCAAAGGAUAUUCGCGUGGCGAGUGUGACACCGGCUCAGUUGCAGCUGAUCAGUCUGUUCGACAGCAUCAAAAGGAAAGCAGGCCUAGCACCCUUCUGGACCGGCAUCCGCGAGUCCUCGGCGCCUCACUGCACAGCAUUAUCAGAGGCAAACGAAUGUCUACGCCUUGACGUUCACGUGCCCACCGCAGCAUCAGCACCCUGGCCUGUACUGGCGUGGGUCACUGGCGGUAGUGGGCCCUACCAGCCCGGAAAACUUGUGAAGCAAGGGAUUAUUGUAGUUGUUGUUCACCAUAGGUUGGGUCCAUCUGGUUUUCUCUGUUUAAAUGAGGAAUCAAUACCUGGCAACGCAGGAGCCAAGGACGUAGUUCUAGCACUGCGAUGGAUAAGAGAUAAUAUAGUAGCUUUUCGAGGAAAUCCGGCGAGUACAGUCGUAGCCGGGCAAGGCUUUGGUGCUGCCAUAGUUGAAGCACUAACGCUGUCUCCGAUGGCCCAUGGAUUAUUUAAUGGAGCCAUAUUACAGAGUGGAACUGUGCUAAGUCCAUUUGGUUUUAAUUACGAUGCUAAAGAGCGAGCAGAAUUGUUGGCCGAGCAGAUCACUUACAAGGGCGACAUGUUAUCAACACUGGUCAACGAAAAUACUGCAAAUUUAGCCGCCAAAUCUGAGAAACUAGACGUCCCUUACUUUCCCUUCGGAAUGUGCGUUGAAAAGAAUUUCAAGAAAGAUGAGCGCCUGUUAACAGACGCUCCAUUUCAGCUUUUAGUUGAAAAGAAAGUGAACUCAGUGCCAAUGAUUAUUGGAUAUAAUACCGAUGAAGCGUAUAUUUUUGCUUCAAAUAUAAAAGCUGCCAGAAUUUUGAGGAGAAUGACAAAAAACGUUGAUUUUUUAAUUCCUGAGGAAUUGAAAUUUGUGAGUGAGAGAGAAAUAGCUCAGGUAGUUCGCCAACUUAAGGACACGUACUUUAGUAACAAUAUUACAUUGGCCAUCGUAUUAUCAUAUCACAGAGAUGUAUAUUUCCUGAACCAUAUUCAUCGCAGUGUUCGGUUGCAUGCUUCGGUAAACCAACACCCGGUUUAUUACUACCAGUUCUCGCAUAAGGGGAACGUCGGAAUUGAACCCGAGCCAGGAGUGAAGAAGACUGGCGCAGCGCAUUCUGAUGAGCUGGGAUAUUUGUUCUCCAGGGAUGAUUACGAGGGGAGCGACGGAAAUGUGCAACAGCGAUUGAUAUUGCUGUGGACAAACUUCGUUAAAUAUUUGAAUCCUACGCCACACAAUGAGGGCUCCGUGAUUUGGGAGUCAGUGGAUUCCAACAACCCCCGGGUACUUAACAUCGGAAACCAGCUGGAGAUGCAGCAGUUCCCUCACGGCAGGACUAGCAGGGUUUGGGACGAGAUUUACGAAAAAUAUUACUAUGGGAGAUAUCGUAUUUAGUUGUAGUUUGGAUUCCUGGUAGUUAACUGAUUUCUAUAAUUGUGAAAGUAGAAAAAAAUAUAGGUAACGCAAUUUCAUUCUGUUUUUCCAUGUCAUCUUAACACUUAAA